GUUGAGCCUUGUACACCAUAUCUUCACAAACAAACAUUAACAACAACACUUAAUCUCUUCUUUUUCCUCAACCAAGUUUGUUCCAUACAAAGUAUUCAAGCUCAAAGAUGAUUCAAAUUUCAUCAACCAACUACAUGCCUCAAUUACUUGGAAUGGAGGAUGCUUUGUUUAAUGAUCAUGAUUACCCAAUGGAUUCAUUUGCAUUCGAAUAUGAUGAUAUGGCAUAUUUCAAGUCUUUCUCAGAAUCACCACCAGAGAGUUCUUAUUCCUCUCCGAAUAACAAUCAUAAACGCUUUCAUUCCCAAAGCACGCAAAACAGCUCUUUCCCGAUUCAUAGUAGUCCUGAUCAAUCUGUUGCUUCAGCAACACCGCCAACUAAACUACUCAAAGCUUCUCCCAAAAUCAUUUCAUUUGACCACUCCGAUACAUCUUCUGCUCGACAAUUCUAUGACGUGGAUGCAAAGGUUAAGAAGCCUAAAGCCGAGAUUGAGUAUGGUGAAAACUUAAAUUUUGCAGCUUUGAUUUCUCAAGGUGAAAACAAGGUCGCGAAUAGAAACCCAAUCCAAGCUCGAGAUCAUGUAAUGGCCGAAAGAAAACGAAGGGAAAAGCUUAGCCAGAGGUUCAUUGCUCUUUCCUCCAUUCUUCCUGGACUCAAAAAGAUGGACAAGGCAACUAUAUUGGAAGAUGCAAUAAGUCAUUUGAAAGCACUAAAUGAAAGAGUGAAGAAUUUAGAGGAACAAGUAGCCGAUAAAAAAGUCGAAUCCGCAGUUUUUGUGAAGAGAUCUAUCAUCUUUGCCGAUGAUGAUAGCUCCUCAUGCGACGAGAACUCAGAUCAAUCGCUCCCGAAAAUCGAAGCAAGAGUUUCUGGAAAAGACAUGCUCAUCAGAAUCCACUGCAACAAAAACACCGGCCGAACCGCAACCACAAUACUCAACGAACUCGAAAAGCACCAUCUCACCGUUCAAAGUAGUUCUAUUUUGCCAUUUGGAAAUAAUUAUCUUGACAUAACCAUUAUUGCUCAGAUGAACAAAGAAUAUUGCUUGACAAUAAAGGAACUCAUAAGAAGCAUAAGUCAUGUUUUGAGGAAGCUCAUUUGAUCCAAAACAAGAAGUUUAAGGCAUCAACAUUUAUUGAUGUGCAUGCUAAUGAGUCAUGACUAUAGUCUAUAGAAAUGACCUUAGUUGUUUUUUUUUUUUUUUUACAAUGAACUGAGAAUCGAAUUUAUGGACCUUAGUUCAUAUUUAUGGCUUUUAUUUUUAAUCACACAGUGAUUUAUUUUCCUUUUUUCGUCCAUCAUUUGGAUUAUUGAGGUAUAUAUUUGAGAGAAGAGUUCAAUAAUAAUGCCAAUGUGUUUUCCUUGUUUUUUGCACAAUGGCAUUUUUAGAACUCUACAUCUCUUUCUUUAUUUUUUUUUCUCCACACUAAGAGGGAUUUUUUUAGAGGAUUUGACUAUUGAGAUAGAUCUGUUUGAUCCCUCUUUCACGUUGUGAAGAUUGAAAACAAUGUUGUCAUGUUGAGUGUAUUUAUUUUAUAUUGUUUCUUUUUGUCGUUUUGUGAUG